ACCACCCCGAACCGCAUUCUUCGUUCACACAAUAACACAAACACUUGGUCUUCAAGUAAGAAUGGCGAUCACGAGGCCUCACCACGUCAUCAUCCUCUCCGUAUUACUCUUCUCUUCGAUCUCAGCCUUCGCUGCUCUAGUCGGAGGCUGGACGCCAAUCAAGGACCUCCAGAACAACCACCAUGUGGCUGAGAUUGCAGAUUACGCAGUCUCGGAGUACGACAGGCGUUCCGGUGCGAAACUGAAGCUGGUGAAGGUUGUUAGGGGAGAGAGUCAGGUUGUUGCUGGAACAAAUUACCGUCUUGUCCUCAAGGCAACUGACGGAUCCAAGACUCAAGACUAUCAGGCUGUGGUGUGGGAGAAGCCAUGGGAACAUUUCAAGAAUCUCACUUCCUUCACUCUUCUUCAUUAAUCAUAUAGUCAUCUUUGUUGGUAUUUUAAUUAAUAAAAACUCUUAUGAGCUUCGUGUUA